GCAGCAGCCGAAGACUGGAGGAAACACCAGCACGGCAGCGGUCUGCGGAGGAGGAGGAGGAAGAGCAGCUCGUUAUCAUCCCCCAGAACAGAUCUCAUCCUGCAAACGUUUCUGAUCUCCCGGAGUGAAAUGUCUAUUUUAGCUCCAGUAGAAUGGCGCAGAGGAUGAAGAAGGUGCCAAGACGUGGAUAGAGCGCCACAAUGUCACAUGAGUCCUUCUCCAGCUCCCAGCUGUCCGUCAAGGCUGCUGCCCUGCGUAUGGUCGACCUCCCGCUCUCCGUCUGCAGCUCCCUGACACAGGUGAGCGUCAGCACAGGCACCAAGAAGCUGGUGGCCGCGGCCGCCCUCGGGGCCGUCUCACUCCUCUUCCUCGCUCGCCGCUUCCAGAGGAGGAAGGGCAAGAAGAGGGGCCUCUCGCCUCAGUUUGAGCAGGCCGGGUUUGAGUUUUACUCCUCGGCCGAGAAUGACAACACCAGCCAGAACAUCACACUGACCCUGAACUCCAAGAAUGGCUACUCCUCGGGGCUGGUGGUCACGGCAGGAGACUACAGGAAACUGUCCGGGUCUCUGCUCAGCCUGGCCUCGGUGAAAAGCAUGAACUCGUCCAGCAGCAGCACCUGUGCAAACGACUCGUCCUGCUGGGACAGGGCGGGGGACAGCGACCUCUGCAGUCUGGUGAAUUUACCAGUCACCACCCCGGAGAACCUCUACCUGAUGGGUAUGGAUCUUUUCGAGGAGGCCCUGCGGCGCUGGGAGGAGGCGCUGACGUUCAGGAGCCGGCAGGCCGAGGACGACGUGAGCUGCGCUUCGGUUAAAACGGGAGCCGGAGACACCAUCGCCGAGCAGAGCAUGGAGGAGGCGAUCAGCGCCGAGUUCAUCCUCAGGCUGAAGUCCCUGCUGCAGAGAGCGUACCACCUCCAGGAGGAGCUGGAGGGGGUGCUGUGCCUGUCCGAGCCCUCGUCCCACAGCAGCAGUCGGGGCAAAACGCCAGACGUUCUGGGCAGAGACGACCUGGACGAGGCCUGUCUGAGAGACAGCAUCAGCAUCGCCUCCACCGACUCCUUUGUGUCUGCCGCUGAGCUGUCGGAGCACAGGGAGCUGCGGAGCGCCUACACGCUGGGACACCACCCGUUCUACGACGAGGCCCUGCAGAUGGCCGAGGACGGCAAGAUCUCCUGCAGGGUGCUGCGGACGGAGCUGCUGGAGUGUCUCGGGGACGUGGACUUCCUGGCCAAGCUGCACUGUGUGCGGCAGGCGUCUCAGCUCAUUUUGUGUGAGAGGACGACCCGGAUGUUUCUGGCCGACACAGGGAAGAAGAUCCUGUCUUCUAUUAUAGUGAAAGCACAGAAGAGCCCGAAGAGAUUUGAGGAAUUGUUCGAAGAGAUGAUUUCCUUCCUGGAGCACACGGAGCACUGGGAAAACACGGAGGUGGAGCUGGCCACGCGCGGAGUGAGGCAUCUGACCUUCUACGACGUGGUGCUGGACUUCAUCCUGAUGGACUCCUUCGAGGACCUGGAGAACCCGCCCAUCUCCAUCCAGAACGUCGUCAACAACCGCUGGCUCAACAGCUCCUUCAAGGAGACGGCGGUGGCGUCCAGCUGCUGGUCCGUGCUGAAGCAGAAGAGACAACACAUGAAGAUGAGCGACGGCUUCAUCGCCCAUUUCUACGCCGUGUGCGACCAGAUCAGCCCCGUCCUGGCCUGGGGCUUUCUGGGACCGAGGAGCUCCCUGAACGACCUCUGCUGCUUCUUCAAGGACCAGGUGCUGUUCUUCCUGAAGGACAUUUUCGACCUGGACAAGGUGCGCUACGCGUCGGUGGAGAGCCUGGCGGAGGACAUGCUCCACCUGCUGCACCGCCGCUCCGCCCUGCUGCUGGCCUACCUGGGAGCCGACUCCCUGCGCCACCCCGGCGCCUGCAGCGGCGCCGCCCCGCUGCCGCUGGCGCCCGGCGGCCUGCUGGAGGCCCGGGUGCAGUGACGGACCCACGGACCCUCCACACGGGGGGGGCGGGGCUUAACUCUGGCCUGUGUGGCCGCACCAUCACAUCCCGCAUCGCAGCGCGCGCACAGGUACCCGGCCUCGCCGCCACCCCGCCUCAGAAGUGCCAUGGCAGCGUGCGCUACUUUCAGACAUCAUAGCAAUAAUAAUCGUCAUGGAAAGUUGCUGUGAGGUCCUCAUGCUGAUAAGCUGUGUAAAUUUGAGGGAAUAUAUAUAUAUUACUGCUGUGAAGGUAUUUUAGAGUAUUUAUUUUAUGAUACAGCCAAACAAUGCAGUUCUUUUGUAGGUGUCGUCGUGCCCGAACGCACAAGCGGGUUCCUGAGGAGUUCUGAAUGAAAGCUUCGUUAGAUGUAUUGUGUUUAAAUAUCCUGCAGAGCGAGCGCUGCCGGGUGAAAUGUACUUUUAUGCUGUGAAUAAACGCCGCCGUCACAAAGCGAGGGGCGAGAAAAAAGGAACCGUCCUCCGGUUGUGAGAAUGCCGACAGCAGAUCUGCGGCUUCGUGUUUCCACAUGGUCAGUUCUUCAACGGUGGACGAAAACGCAUCAAGCCUUACUGUAACGUCUUCAAGCCUUGUCACUGAAUGUCCGCCACAAACACAACGAACAGACGCUUGCUGGAAUCGCUCGUCUCGUUCAUGUGAUCAGAACCCUUCCUGGAGUAGUUAGGAGCUCAGAGAAAGCAGGGCCGAGGGAGACGUCCCGUCUCUGCAGAUUAUCCAUCUUAAAAUAUGUCGGCUGUCCUCGGCGCAAAGAUCAGUUUAUCUUCUGAGCCUUAAAAGACCCGGGGAGAGUUUAGCACUGAAGACGUGACUACAUGUGUUUUUGCAGUUCAGUUUGCAGAGACCGUUUUGAAAGUUAUACUGAGCCAGUAUUAAAUGACAAUCUGAAGGUUAGAUCUCUUGAAUGUCUGUUUUUGGGUUGAUAUGAUCGUCUGAUGGAGUGAAGCGAGUGAUGAAUUUAGAAUGUUUUGGGAGAUUUAAAAAUUUCAAAAGGGUUAGAGCUGGGGUUGGGAAUAUGUAGUUUAAAAGUCACUAUUAUUAGCCAUGAAGUGUUAAAGUUGGGGCUAUUUGUUGAAUUGGGAAGGAAUCACAUGACCAAAACUGAAAGAAGUGAUGGAGACCGGUUUGUUUUAGACCUGUGUUCUUGUCCGCACAUCAAAGGGAACUACAUGUGUGAAUUCAGCCAAUAAAAAUGUGUUCAGUGGUU